AUGCCGGGAGCCCGCGGCCGCCUGCCAGGGUGACCGGCCCGGGAGUCCGGUGCUGCUCCGGUGCUGCUGGCAGCACGCGGCUCGGAACCUACCGCAGCUUCGCCUCGCAGCGUGGCGGGAGCCGGUGGACCGGGCGUGUUACGGGCCUGGGGCUCCUGGAGAGGGGUCCCUGUUUUUUUUCUUUUUUUUUUCUUUUGUCGCACACGCUUUCCGCGAGACGAGGAGCGUUUCGGUGCUUGGCGUUGUAGAAGGUGGUCGUUAAAGGCCCGAGGGAGGCAUCGUGGGAAGUUGUCACCGGGCAUUGUUUGGUAUUCGGGUUUGUCCGAGCCCUUGCCCUAACGUAGCGUUGUGCGGCAAGGGAGCUGUUUCUGUGUGGUUAUGAGUGUACCAAUCAAGGCCUGGAAGCAGGCUUUCCAGAGAAGGAAACAAGACGAGAGAAGUUGGGUCCCUUGUGAAGCUAUAGCCAGAAAAGGUUCAGACCUAGGCGAGGCUGACUUCCACAACUUAAUCAUCCCUCUCUACCUGCCAACAUCCCGUGUUAGAAGAGUUUGUGGCUGGAGGUGUGACCGUGGGAGAGCUGGCCGGGGAGGGACCCUGCCCAGUUGCUGCUCUGCUCCUGUCUCUUGUCCCCUCCCCUGGCCAUGACAGAGACCCGUGAGCCCACUGAGACUGGAGGCUACGCCAGCUUGGAGGAAGAUGAUGAAGACCUUUCCCCAGGCCCGGAGCAUUCUUCUGACUCUGAAUACACUCUUUCAGAGCCCGACUCUGAGGAGGAGGAAGAGGAGGAGGAGGAAGAGGAGACCACUGACGACCCCGAAUAUGACCCUGGCUAUAAGGUGAAGCAGCGCAUAGGUAGGGGCAGGGGAGGCCCGUCCCGCCGGGCGCCCCGAGCAGCCCAGCCCGCUGGUCCACCUGCGCAGCCCUGCCAGCUCUGUGGCCGGUCACCACUGGCAGAGGCCCCGCCGGGUGCCCCGCCCUGCCGACUCUGCUGCCCGACCACAGCAACCCAGGAAGCCCCAGCCCCUGAAGGCAGGGCUCCUGGUGAGGAAGAGGAAGAGCCGUCUCGUACUGGGGAGAGCCGGCCAGCAGGGCGGGAUGGAGAUGAAGACGAGGAGGAGGGGGGUACCUACCACUGUACGGAGUGUGAGGACUCCUUUGACAACCUCGGGGAGCUGCAUGGUCACUUCAUGCUGCAUGCCCGGGGUGAGGUUUAGCCAGGGCCCCCAGGGACUGGUGAGGGGGGUGGGAGCAGGGGCUGAGGAAGCUGGAGUGGGGCUGGGUUCCCACCCAUCUGUGUUGUCUUAGCAGUCAUGUGUGAAGGGCAGAAUAAAAGCCGGAUUCCGUGUGUGCCGA